AUGGCAAACGAUGCCGUUGAUGCUACAGUUCGUGUGCUGCUGUCCGAAUUCGCUGGCAAACAAUUGCCACUGAUGCAACAGCUUGUGUGCUGCUGUCCGAAUUCGCUGGCAAACGAUGCCGUUGAUGCUACAGCUCGUGUGCUGCUGUCCGAAUUCGCUGGCAAACAAUGGCAAACGAUGCCGUUGAUGCUACACUCGUGUGCUGCUGUCCGAAUUCGCUGGCAAACAAUGGCAAACGAUGCCGUUGAUGCUACAGUUCGUAUGCUGCUGUCCGAAUUCGCUGGCAAACAAUUGCCACUGAUGCAACAGCUUGUGUGCUGCUGUCCGAAUCCGCUGGCAAACGAUGCCGUUGAUGCUACAGCUCGUGUGCUGCUGUCCGAAUUCGCUGGCAAACAAUGGCAAACGAUGCCGUUGAUGCUACAGCUCGUGUGCUGCUGUCCGAAUUCGCUGGCAAACAAUGGCAAACGAUGCCGUUGA